AUGUCUGAAGAAGAUAAGAGCCAAGCUCCAGUGAUCUUGGGUGAAGAUGGGCAACCAUUGUCCAAAAAGGCUAUGAAAAAACUGCAAAAAGAGCAGGAGAAACAGAGGCAGAAGGAGGAAAAAGCUCGUCAAUUGCAAGCGGAGAAGGAGGAACGUGAAAGACAAGCAGCUCUCAAUGAUACUGCCAAGGAAAACUACGGUAAACUCCCAUUAAUCCAGUCUACUACGAGGACCGGUGAGCCAAGAAUCAAGUUUCAUGAUUUGAACGAGAGUAAAGAUGACGGCAGAGAAGUCUUGUUUAGAGCUCGUGUGCAUAACAAGAGACAGCAAGGUGCUACUUUGGCUUUCUUGACUUUGAGACAACAAAGCGAUUUGAUCCAAGCUUUGUUGAAAGUCAACAAAGAGGGCACCGUUUCUAAGCAAAUGGUUAAAUGGGCAGGUUCAUUGAACUUGGAAUCCAUCGUGCUCGUUCGUGGUAUUGUUAGAAAAGUUGAAGAACCAAUCAAAUCUGCAACGGUGCAAAACUUGGAAAUUCACAUCACUAAAAUCCAUACCAUUUCGGAAACUCCAGAGGCUUUGCCCAUCCUAUUGGAAGACGCAUCUCGUUCUGAAGCCGAGGCCGAGGCGGCCGGCUUACCAGUGGUCAAUUUGGACACAAGACUAGAUGCCAGAGUCAUUGAUCUAAGAACUGUGACAAACCAGGCUAUUUUCAAGAUCCAGUCAGGUGUCUGUUCCUUGUUCAGAGAGUUUUUGAGUAAGAGGAACUUCACAGAAGCACACACUCCUAAAUUGCUAGGUGCACCAAGUGAAGGUGGUGCCAGUGUCUUUGAAGUCUCCUAUUUCAAGGGUAAAGCGUACUUGGCACAAUCUCCUCAGUUUAACAAGCAACAACUAAUGGUUGCCGAUUUCGAAAGAGUCUAUGAAAUUGGUCCAGUCUUCAGAGCUGAAAACUCCAACACUCACCGUCAUAUGACCGAAUUCACCGGUCUUGACUUGGAGAUGACUUUCGAAGAACAUUACCACGAAGUGUUAGACCAAUUGAGUGACCUGUUCAUGUUUAUCUUCACUGAGCUAAAGGCCAGAUACUCCAAGGAGAUUGAGUUGGUCCGCAGACAAUACCCAGUCGAAGAUUUUAAACUACCCAAGGACGGCAAGAUGAUUCGUAUCCACUACAAAGAAGGUAUUUCCAUGUUGAGAGAAGCCGGUAAAGAAAUCGAUGAUUUUGAAGACUUGAGUACCGAGAACGAAAAGCUAUUGGGUAAGUUGGUCAAGGAGAAGUACGAUACUGAUUUCUACAUCCUCGACAAAUUCCCAUUGGCUAUCCGUCCAUUCUACACCAUGCCCGACCCAGAGGAUCCUCGUUACUCCAACUCUUACGAUUUCUUCAUGAGAGGUGAGGAGAUCCUAUCGGGUGCCCAGCGUAUCCACGAUCACGAGCUACUACAAGAGAGAAUGAAGGAGCACGGCUUGUCUCCAGAGGAUCCAGGUCUAAAGGACUACUGUGAUGCCUUUACUUACGGUUGCGCUCCUCAUGCAGGUGGUGGUAUCGGUUUGGAAAGAGUCGUCAUGUUCUUCCUAGACUUGAAAAACAUCAGAAGAGCCUCGCUCUUCCCAAGAGAUCCAAAGAGAUUGAGGCCAUAG